CUAGGGGGCGGGGUUAUGUAUUCUGACCAAUGGCCAGUCGUCACCGAGGCCCCGCCCACUCCCCGCCCCCGGAGUCGCGGCGUCGCAGAGUGCCCAACCGCCCGGCGCCCUGGCCUGGGGCAGCGCGAGCGCCCGAACCUGCGGCUGGACACCAAGAUGCCCGGUGAACAGCAGACAGAGGAGGAGGAGGAGGAAGAGAUGCAAGAAGAGAUGGUGCUGCUGGUAAAGGGUGAGGAGGAUGAGGGUGAAGAGAAGUAUGAAGUGGUGAAACUCAAGAUCCCCAUGGACAACAAGGAGGUACGUGUCCCACACCCUGGGGUCCCUUCACCCCUAAACCUGGUGCAGGUCCAGCCUCCCUCAGACAGAAUCCAGGGAUCCUGUCCCUACUUUCCCUUGACUCUCAGGGUUGGCCAACCAUCCUUCUGUCCCACAGUCCAUGCUGCCAUCAUACAGAUGUCACGCCUACUGUGCCAGGCUCUGUGCUGGGUGCUGGAGAGUAAACGCUCUCCUCGGUUCCUCGUGGAGCUUGAUGUCUAGCAGGGUUAGACUGACAAGGGUGUUGAAGGUUUAAAGAGAGGAGUUUUAAGGAGAUCAAAAUGUGAGUUAGAUUUACCCAUUAGAGACCCUAACUGCCACUAGGUAUAGUUCUACUUCCCAAAACCCUACAGGACUCCCACCCACAGCCAGAGCAGCCCUGAGUCCAGCUGGAGGACUUCUGGGCCAGAUUUGUGGGCCCAGGCUCCCUCUGAUUUCUUCAUGCACAGGCGCCAGUUCCCAGAAAAAGAAAGUUCUGCUGCCCCCUAGUGGAUGUGGUGGGCCCUAGGGGGAGGGGGCUGGCUGCUGUGGCCUCCUCUUCCAGUCAAAAUAACUAUUUAGGGAAUUCCCAGGCGGUCCAGUGGUUAGGACUCUGCGCUUUCACUGCCGCGGCCCGUUUAGUUCUGUUUUCUCAGGCCUCCUUGGCCCAUCCUCCUAGCUCAGCCUGCCUCUUCCGGCCCUGUGAAUCCCCUGGUCUCCACCUUUGGCCUGUAAGUUUAGAACUCAGACUCCAGAGAUUAGGGUGGACUUUCAACUCUGUCACUUACCAGCUGUGUGACCUUAGGCAAGUUUAACCUCAUUGUGCCUCAGUUUCCUCACUGGUAAAAGGGAAAUCAUAAUAGCACCUACUUCUUGGGGUUGGGAGGAUUAAAUGAGUUAAUACAUGUAAAGAGUUAGAACUGUGUCUGGCACAUAAUAAACACUAUGUAAG